AUGUUCGUGACCACCACCAUCUACUUUGUUGCAGCAGCAGCGUGGAGUGAAAUAGAAUUCGUGGAGACGCCGCUUCGCUCAGGUGUCUUCGCUGUGCAGCUCUCAGAUCGUUUAGCGGUCUUGAAGGACACUACAUCUGUAGUUAACAUUUGGCUGGCCGAUAGCUUAAUACUGUAUCGUGUUUACGUCAUAUGGGGAAGCAGCCUGUGGAUUGGCAGUAGUCUUGUCGUCUUCUAUCUCAGUGACAUAGCCACUGGUAUCGGCUUGCUUGUCUAUGCAGCACGUUCGGGCACACAAUUCGGUGAACACAGGGUCGAGUCAUUUGGAACUGCAUUCUGGUCGAUUUCUGUUAGCUUGAAUGUCCUGGCUACCACCUUGAUCGCCGGCCGCCUGCUUUACCACCGCCGCACAAUCCGCAUGGUUUCACCGGAGCGCAAUGACUACUACAUCUCCGUCAUCUCCAUCGUAGCUGAGUCCGCAGCAGUGUACUCCAUUAGCGGGCUUAUCUACAUCCCGCUCUUCGCACGGAAUCUGCCCCUGCAGUAUCCAUUCGCCGCUUUAUUCUGUGCCGCGUCUACCAUUGCACCAAACCUGAUCAUUCUGCGCAUGGCACUGGGAGUUGCUGUCACAAAUCAGACUCUCAAGACCUACAGCUCGUAUACUGCAACCGCGGGUUCUACCCCGAGUAAACGAUGCCUGCAAGCACGAAUCGCAACAACGACGGAGUCCCACCGUGAUACGGCUACCAUGGCAUCUGGCGUCAUCAACACCCCAGCUGAAGGCUACUAUACCACAUUGGGUAAGGCCAACCCCCAGGAGGGAGAGAUAUAUGCAUUGCGUACCUUCAAGGACGCAGACACGGUGUCCUCAGUAUAG